AACUAUUAUUUCAUAUUAGACAAAUCUCCAAUUUAAAGUCUGUUAAUUAAAUGAUAAAACGAAUCAUGUCGGAUGUUGAUGUAAAAGCUGGUAUUCAACACAUUCUAAAACGGAUUGAUGUCGCUUACGAGCUACGGCCGAAGGAGUUAAAGGCAAACAAACCCCUUUUAGUGGCUGUUAGCAAAACUAAACCUGUAGAAAUGAUUAUUGAUGCCUAUUCGGUGGGUCAGCGUCAUUUCGGCGAGAAUUAUAUACAGGAAUUGGUGGAAAAAGGCAAUCAUCCUGAUAUUUUGGCUCAGUGUCCCGAUAUUAAGUGGCAUUUUAUUGGACAUUUACAAAGUAAUAAAAUAAAUAAGAUCAUAAAACUACCCAAUUUAUUUAUGAUCGAAACUGUGGACAGUCAAAAAUUAGCUAACCAUUUGAAUAAUGCCUGGGAAAAGAUAGAAACUGAAAAUAAACAACCAUUACAAGUGCUCAUACAAAUAAAUACAAGUGGUGAAGAAGCUAAAAAUGGCGUUCAACCCAGUGAGGCUUCCUCGUUGUAUAAAUUCAUUAAAGAAAAUCUAAAGCAACUCGAUGUUAAGGGUGUUAUGACCAUUGGAGCAUUUGGUUUUGACUACAGCCAAGGACCAAAUCCCGACUUUGUGAAACUAAUGGAAGUGCACAAACAAAUAUGCAAAGAAAAUCAAUUAAAUGACGCUGAAUUGCAGGUGUCGAUGGGCAUGUCGGAUGAUUUUGAAAAGGCGAUUGAAAUGGGUAGUACUAUUGUGCGUGUGGGAAGUUCUAUUUUUGGUUAUCGGGCUAAAAAGACCACUACUGCUUAAUUCCUCUACGUAUGGUUCGAUAUUAUGCUGCUAGUGAGUGAAUCGUACACUAAAUUUUAAAAAUUGUUUUUUUUUUGUAUAAUUGUUGUUUUAGCCGUUGUAUAUGUGGAAAUGAGUAAGCAAUAUAAUACUUAUUGUUGUUGUAUAUAGAAAAAAUAAUAUAUAAAAUAAAGAUCUGUUCAUUUAUAUACUAAAGAAA